UGCAGUUGAGCGGAAUCAGCAACGCCAAAGUAAUCAAAUAUUAUUUAGUUCGCGCCAUGUGAGUGUCAGAAUGUUUGGUCGCUCGUAUAAUCUUUACUUUGAUCAAGUGGAAGUUCUGAACGAUCAACAGGGUUGUCAGGAACAAAAUAUUGACAUUCAGACUUAUGCGUAAUAGCAGGGGUAUGUUCGGUCUGAAGACUUCUUCAAAAAAAGAUUAGUUAUAUUUACCAGACGUCUUCCGUAUCCGGUCGGACAGCCUAAUCAAAUAUUGCAAACGCUGUGGUCAGGUUACAACAUGCCCGUGAUCAGCAUCGAACAACAAACGACCAUCAUCGUAUAUAUUAGGUCUGCACUAAUACUAAAUAAAGAUUCCUGGUGUCGCCGCAAAAGUUUAUACGAGGUUCCACAACGUCAUUAUAGUUAUUCAUUAACAUAAAAUUUAUAGGGGAAAACUAAAUAUAGACAUUGUAUAAAGGAUGCAGCAUCAUUUGAGCAAAUUCUGCGGCUUCUCACUUUAGGCUGUUGUUAGAGAAAAGUUGUGCGUAUUUUAUAAAAAUAGAACUGAACUGCUGGGCUGCAAUUAAAGUGAUACGCAAUGGGUUGUACGUCGAGUGUGACUGCAAAAGUAGAAGAGCAGGAGACGAGUAAAAACAACUUUCAAAUACCGACCAUUAGCAAAGAUGAAGACACCACCUCGGAUUAUUCGAGUAUCGGAGCUUUGGGAAAUACUUUAUCAAACGAAGACUUCAGACGGCUAAGUGUGCUCACUGUGAGGAACGGUAACAUCAGCUGCCGUGCUGUUACAAAGACCGGAACGCCACAAACUGUAUUGAGAGACGUGGAUACUGGUCUUCCGGUUCACACACCGCAUCUUUCUCUCAGCAGUCAUGACAGCACACAAAGUACACCGACGGCUAAGACUCGUCGCCCAAGGCAACAAGCGCAGAAAAAGAGUCCUGUAAAAGCUGUAAAAAUACGGCCAAUGAAACAGUCUUCGCUUGCACCACCAAAUCCAAACCACCAUUAUAUCACGAGGUCAACUCCCACGUCCCCUUACAUGACAAAAGGGAAACGACGAGCUUCACAAAACGGUGGAAGAUCCUCUACAUUGGAGCUGCGUAACAGUUUAAACGACUCGCAGCGGUUGCUUAAUAAAGCGUUAAGAGAAUUGAGCGAAAGCCUUUCGGAAAGCCAUGGAAACAUUUUCAGUCUUGGUCGAGACGAAGACGCUGCCUUUCCAAGCUCCAGGGCGUCAGUUUCACCAGCAACAAGUCGGGUGAGCACACAGUCGUUGCUGAACGAAGCUGAUUCUGAAAUUAUCUUGGACGUUGGAAGUGGCUACUGCAAAGCAGGUUUCAGUCAUGAAGAUGUACCGUCUGUUGUAUUCCCUACCAUCGUAGGAAGACCGAUCUCGGAAGAUGUUCUUCCAGGAGUAGCGUUAGAUGAAAAGUUUAUUGGAAACGAAGCAAAGUUAAGAAAAGAUGCUCUCACGUUUUCGGCACCAGUUCGUCGAGGUAUUGUUCAGAACUGGGACGAAUGGAUGGGCGUUGUAGACCACGUACUAAAUAUGGAAAUGAAAAUAGAAAGAGACGACUUCGGAAUUGUGCUGCCUCAACCCACCACUACUAACCGUGAAAGCUUAGAAAAAAUUGCCGAAAUGAUCUUUGAAAUACCGAAAGUAAACCGAAUUUUCCUCGCACGAAGCGCACCCAUGGCACUGCAUGCGUUUGGUAUGACAUCGGGAUUAUUAGUUAGCAUUGGUCACGAUGUUUCGAGCUGCGUCCCCGUAUUGCAAGGAAACGUACUGGAGGAAGGAAUACGUGAAUUAAACAUAGGUGGAUCAGAUAUAACGCAAACUUUGAAAAUGUUGAUGAAAGAACAAAAACCAACUCUUUCCUCAUUUCGAAACUUUUUCCAUGAUGACAUAACAAAAGCAAUGAUGGAACGUCUAUGUUACGUCAUGGUCAACGAAAACCGUGAUUCCCGUACAAGUCCAAGACCCCGAACUUAUUCCCUACCAACUGGUGGUACAGUUAAUCUGGGAAGAGAACGAUUUUUAGCUCCAGAAAUUUUAUUUAAGCCGGGACUUUUUGGAGAUACUAGCAAUGCUAAAGGGUUGCAAGAAAUUUGCUGUGAAAGCAUUGAAGCCUUGCGAACUAACAAAGGCGAAGAAGAAGCGAAGAGUUUAUGUCAGAACGUAGUGUUAGUCGGAGGGACUUCCUUGCUACCUGGCAUACCUGAAAGAUUGAAGAGCGAGCUAGUCCAUCUAUUACCUUGGUUAAGUGAGAACGAAAUAACUGUUCAAGCUCCACAGCGACGCCAGUAUGCUGUGUGGAGAGGCGCUGCUCAGAUGGCGUCUCUGAAUUCGACCAAAUCGAGAUGGACGACACGUCAAGACUUUGAAAAAUAUGGUCCUUCUGUUGUGCAUCGGAAAUACUUGUGA